CUGGGAGCCACCAUCCAAUCCAAGACUAAGGGAAUCUGGAUGUGGUGUGUGCCUCAUCCUGAAAAAAGAGACCACACCCUGGUGCUACUGGAUACAGAGGGGCUGGGGGAUGUGGAGAAGGGGGAUUCUAAGAAUGAUGCCUGGAUCUUCUCCCUGGCCAUUCUGUUAAGCAGUACUCUGGUCUACAACAGUCGAGGGACCAUCGACAAUCAAGCCGUGGAGAACCUCCAAUAUGUGAGUGAGCUGACAGAGCGGAUCAAGGUGAAUUCUUCCGGUGCAGCUUCAUCCUCUCACGAUGAGGAGGAAGGAGGGGACGCCCAGUUUGUGCAGUUCUUUCCAAAUUUUGUGUGGGCCAUCAGAGAUUUCACUCUACUACUCGAGAUCGAUGGCAGAAACGUCACCGAAGAUGGGUAUCUGGAGCAUUCCCUGGAACUCAGAAAAGGUGGGGGUAGACAGAACCUGAUGUACAACCUCCCACGAGAGUGCAUCCGGAACUACUUCCCCUCGCGCAAGUGCUUUGUAUUCCCCACCCCUACAACUCCUGCCAACAUGCCCCACCUGGAUUCCAUGGAUGAGGCUGACCUCUGUGGAAACUUCCGAAAGGUUGCAGAUACUUUUUGCCGCUUCAUUUUCCAGGAGAGCCGUACAAAAACUGUCAAAGGGGGCCACAAAGUAACCGGGAGAAUGCUCGGCCACUUGGUUAACACCUACGUGGAGACCAUUGCCAAAGGCUCUGUGCCCUGUCUGGAGAAUGCAGUGCUGGCCAUGGCUCAAAUUGAGAACCAGGCUGCUGUGGAUGAGGGCCUGGCGGUGUACCAGGGGGGCAUGGAGGAGGUAAAGGCCUUAUUCCCGGUGGACAUGGGUCAGAUUUCAAGUCAUCACCUCCGCUCCGACCACCAGGCCACACAGGCAUUCAUGAACCGAUCCUUCAAAGACGGAAAUGGGGAUUUCUUGAAAGCAUUGGCGGUGGCCAUUGCAAAGCACUACGCUGACCUUCUCAUCCAGAACGAGGAUGCCUCAGAGAAGAAGUGUGCGGCCCUUCUGGAGAAGCUGUCUGCUCCGAUGGCCCAGAAGAUUAAGGAGGGGAUCUACGCCACACCUGGAGGAUAUGAGCUUUACUGCAAUCACCAUGACAACAUGGUGGCACAGUACCAGGCCGAGCCCGAAAAAGGAGUUAGGGCUGAGGAGAUUCUGGAGCAGUUCCUGAAGGAGAAGAGUCUAGAAAAGAAUUCCAUCCUGCAAGCUGACAAAAAAUUGACUGAAAAUGAGAAAAAGAUCCACGAGGAGCAAGAGAAGAGAGCCCUGGCUGAACAGGCAGUGAAGAUGGAGGCAGAGAAACAGCACCAGUUAGAGAAACUGAUCCAGGAGAGGGAGAGGAGUCAUCAGGAGGGCAUCCGUCAGCUAGAGGCUAAGAUGGUCCAGGAGGCAAAGGAGAAGCAACAGGAGUUGGAGAGAGCGCUAGAUAGCAAGCUCCAUGAGCAGGAAAAGCUGAUGGCUAAGGGCUUCACAGAGAAAGAGGCAGCCAUGAAGGAGGAGAUACAGAGCCUGAGAGAGAAGGAGGAGGCCAAGCGCGAGAAGAAGGAAGAGCAGUCUCGUAACUUCAGAGCCAUAGCACAGGGUGUCAUAGAGAGAGUCAGCAAUGGCUUAGGUCAUUACUAUAACUAUAGGAAAGCCCGUGAGGAACGCAAGGCGAUUGUGUUAAAGGAGCGGGUCAGAUCCACUCCCAAACUCAAAUCAGGUAGUGUUGGCAGUAUCCCUGAUAUGGAGCGCAUGACACUCAAGCAAGACAAGACGACCACGCCCAAACUCAAAAUGGGAGCCGUUGGCAACUCUAAAGAUAAUAAAACUCUGCCCAAAGUCAACACAGGUACAACUAGCAAAAAGCCCUGGCUCAGAGUUCUAAAGGAUGCGCCAGAGAUUAGUUAA